ACAAAAUUAUUAAUAAUAAUAAAGAAUAUUUUAUAAAUAUAUAACUACAACUAAGAGGAGAGAUUUACAUCAAAAUUUGGAAUCAUGUUAAAAGCAGAUUUCGAUGGCGAGCUAACAGCCGAUUUUCUAUUUCUUUUGGAUUUAUGCCGGAAUCCAGACGAGGUAUUUCACACUGGUUCACCCGAACACAAAUUAGCUAAGGCAUGGAUUGAUUUUUUGUGCACUUACACAUGUCAAACGGUAGCUGAACGACGUCUUAAAAAUGUGUACCUCAGUCAUUUAUGUACUGCUCUCGUAGAGGGUAAAUUGUACGGACCGUUUGUAAAAGCACCGGGAAAGGACAAAUUGGAAAUGGUUGACUUUAAAAAACCUAGCAGUGUAAUCGAACCAACGAAAUCAUGUCCACCUGGCACGCCCUGUCAUCUUUGUAGUCCACAACCCCCUCAUUGCGUUGCUGCUGGUCAAGUUGCUCAGCAAUCGACAUCGGCGGCGCCUGCAAUAGCAGCAUCAGCGCCAACAACAGCGGUGGUAGCAGUAAAUGCUGCAUCUGGAUCUACCCAACAGGCUCUCGCAGUUCCUUCUGCUGUUCAACAAGCCGCAGCGCAACAAACUUGCAUAGCAUACGCCCCUGUUUGCAUACCUUGUCCUGCUAGCAUGUAUACAGGGCAAUCAUCCACGCCCAUGGCACAAGUCUGUACUGCUCAUCAAUGUCCUGGAGCUCAAGCUCAAGCUCAAGGUCAAGGUCAAGCUUCUCCUGCUUUGGCGUGUGCCCUGCAAACUCUUCAAACACCUUCCGCGCAAAUUGCAUCUGCGCAAGCUACCCCUGGCCAACUUUACUCGCCACCUCAACCGCUUUUGUCGCCCUACACUGCUGCUCAAGUGUGCAUUGCUAGCUCACCAUACGGGGCUGCAAAAUUAGGUAAAUAAUAGCUAUUCAUUAUAUAUAAGUAUAUAUAGUAUUAACCAUCCAUACAUUAUGAUCUGAUCUGCUUUGCAGACAGUGUCUACCCAAGCGGAAUAACUACAAAUUGCGCUUGUGUACAACGUCCUUGCACAUGUGGUGGUCGU